AUGAAUGAUAAAUCGGAAAAUAAAACUAUCUUGUACAAAAAUGAUGACACGCUGUCGCGAACCACCGGGUCCGUGGUACUCCAAGUGGGGGCUCUGGAGCUCCUCGCUCGGUACUCUAUGAACUCAGGUAGGGCGACGAGCAUGCUUUCAUCGCUCCAUGAGUUCCGAAGUCAGGAGGUCGAACAGUCAGGCGGGAAGCAAUGGAACUGGAAAUAUUUGAGGGACCAGUUCUAUCAAAAAGAUUUAGAAGGAUUAUAUAGAAAAUAUGACGAUAAGCUUCGGGAGACCCUCAUUUAUAUUUAUGUAUCGCUCCUGGUGUUUUUCUCGACUAUACACAUAAUUUCUGUUGUAGCAAGCACAUAUGACGAGCAAAUCCAAUGGAAAUCUACUUACCUUUCCAUGGGAAUGUAUAUCUUGAGAAUAGGGGUACCAGUCCUUACUUUUUGGAAAUGUAUUUACAAUCCAUUGAAGAAAAAAUGGUUUUGGAUGCCCAUCCUGACCACAUUCAUCCUCACGCUUGAUUUAGUAAUAUCAGACGUCGCAGUCCCAAUAUUUACUUCAUACGAAGGCAUGUCUCUCCGGCCAGCAUAUGGUACAAUGGCGCUGCUAUCAGUAUAUAUAUUUUUGCCUAUGAGAAACAAUUACCUGGCUAUCAUCCUUGGUGUUAUUGUGAGCGCAAGCUAUGUUUUUGUUAUAGCAUUUUUCACAUACUACGAGGAUCCACAAGUGCAGGCGGUGGUGUCGUCGGAUAUAAUUUAUCUAAUUGGAGUGAAUCUUAUGGGAAUUUAUUUUCGAUUGAUGAACGAAAUUGUCACGCGUCGAUCCUUUUUGGACAGAAGGGCUUGUGUCGAAAGUACUCUGCGUCUUAAGUUCGUAAAGGACCAAGAGGAACGAUUGAUGUUAAGUAUCUUACCCGAGCAUAUUAUGUCGAAAGUUAGACAAGACAUCAGGAAUAUGUUCAUGAAUAUUCGCUCGCCGAGCCAUAGCCACAAUAUGAAAUCAUUCAGCCAGCUGUAUGUAGAAGAACACGACAAUGUCAGCAUCCUCUAUGCAGAUGUUGUCAAUUACACCAAAAUCUCUACAACACUAUCGCCCAUGCGGAUGGUGGAGCUACUCAACGAGUUAUUCGGGAGAUUUGAUGAAGCUUCAGAAGAACACGAUGUACUCAGGAUCAAGUUUUUGGGCGAUUGCUAUUACUGUGUGAGUGGUAUUCCGCAACCCACUGAGCAGCACGCUAAAAACUGCGUCGACCUUGGCCUCGAAAUGAUUCACAUUAUCAAAGACGUUAGAGAGAAACGAUCAUUGAACAUUGAUAUGAGAAUUGGAGUACAUUCUGGAAAGAUAUUGUGCGGUUUAAUCGGUAUUCGCAAAUGGCAGUUUGACAUAUGGUCCAAGGACGUUACCAUUGCUAACAAAAUGGAGUCCACCGGCAAAUCAGGAAAAGUACACGUUACAAAGCAGACUUUGGAAUUAUUAUCGGAGUAUGCGAGGGAAUAUAUAAUUGAGCCUAACUUUGAAUCUCAGAACGAUACGUUUAUUAUGAAAAAUAAAUUAGAAACGUAUUUAAUUACGAGGCCGCCGAGGCCAAUAACUGAUUACAAGCCUUUCCGUAGAGCGUCGGUGGGUUUGAAUAAAAUUUUAAAUCCGCGUUCGAGAAAUAGACGAUCGGAAAAUAGAAAUUCUAAAAACUAUCGCAGAACCACAGCUUUCAUGGAUGAGAAUUUAGUUGAGUACCAACAAAUGUUGAAAGCGGCUGAUGCACAAAUGGCAAAGGAAAUUGAAGACAUGACUAAUGGCAAAGAACAUUUCAAACAAGAAUCAAGGCUGAAUAGAUUUACUUUAAUGUACAAGGAUUUCAAAUUGGAGAAAUCCUUCCUUCAACUACCCGAUCCAUUGUUUAAAUAUUACAUUACAUGUUGCCUUGUUAUCUUGAUAUUAAUUAUAGUGGUGAAUACGUUAACGACAAGAUGGGUUGACGGUUUUGGAUGGUAUGUUUGGCUUACACAUGGAGUACUAUUAAUCGUGUUAGUCGCGCUACAACCACUGACUUGGUUCCAAUUUCUAUGGACUAAAUAUAAAGGCGUCGAUGAACCGAGACAUCCGAUUCUAAGAUUCGUUUACGAUAUUUCCGUGCGCAUGAUAAAAUCUACAAAAAUAAGGACCUCCAUAUAUCUGUUGAUUAGCUUGGGACUGGCUGCUACGUCCAUUCUGAAUGUAAUAAGUUGUAACGAGGUCGCAGUCGAACCAUCUGCUGAAACAGUUUUAUCGAACUGCGUUUCGUCGUGGCACGUGACCCAAUGCUGGACUCUCGCUCUCUUACUGAACUUCCUAUUUAGUCGGGUUUUCUUCAUAUUCAAGUGGAUAGUAGCUUGUUGCAUGACUGUGUUUUAUCUUUGGGUCGUGUGGGAGGUGAAAACGUCCUUCUUUGCCAUUGACGUUACAUGGAACAUCGGUCUAGAUGCGCGAGUAUCCCAUACACUCUCAGUGAUUUUCAUCACCAUAACAUUGUAUUGGAUCGAUAGAACAACCGAGUAUAGAAACCGUUUGGAUCAUUUGUGGCAAAUACAACUGAGCGAAGAGCAAGAAGAAGCCGAGACGAUGUUGAAAGUAAAUAAUAUGCUUUUGGAAAACAUUUUGCCAGCUCAUGUAGUACAAGUUUAUUUGGACCUAAACAGAUCGAUAGAUGAGUUAUAUUAUGAGAAAUACGACAAUGUGGCAGUUAUGUUUGCGUCCCUCACAGACUACAAGCUCGGCAUCGAAAGUGAUUCGGACUUUAGUGAUAAACUUAUAUUGAGUAUCCUUGAUGAGGUUAUAUCUGAUUUUGACAGGCUUUUACUCACAGGUGCUUCGGUAUACAAGGUGGAAAAAAUUAAAGUUGCUGGUUGGACAUAUAUGGCUGCGUGUGGAUUAGACCCCAAUAGAAGAGGAUCGUUUGAUUCUUCAUCGUAUUGUUCUUUGGCAGAUAAAAAACAAAACAGUCCAUACAACAAAGCUAUAGUUGUUACAAUGGUCGAAUUCGCUGCCGCAAUGAUGAUGCAAUUGCAAAAUUUCAAUCGUGGAUCUUUUCAAAGCUUUGAAGGUCUCAAUCUUCGUAUUGGUAUAUCGAAUGGUGAAGUAGCAGCGGGAGUCGUUGGUUCCCUUAAGCCGUUGUAUGAUAUUUGGGGUAACGCUGUUAACAUGGCCUCCAGAAUGGAUUCAACAGGCAAAGCUGGGUGUAUUCAGAUUACCGAAAAUACUGCAAUUAUUUUGGACGAAUGUGGUAUUCUUACAACAUAUCGUGGAGAGACAUUUGUUAAAGGCGCUGGUUAUGUUAAAACCUAUUUUGUGCCGCUUGACGAAGAAUUCAAUUUAGUAAAAAAAGAAUACUGUGACGCCUACUAUAAGCGACAAAGUGUCCAUCAUGUCUUCAGUGCUAGAAAUUCAAUAAUGAGUGACACUUCUUUAGAGGAUUCAUAUGAUAAAUAUUCGGAACAUUCAGUAGAUAUGGAAGAUCUUUCAACGGAAUACGGCAACCAUGAGGUUACAAGAAAAUAUAACGAAGAAAACAAUAGAAGUAAAGAAAUUUCAAAUUGCAACGGAGCUACACGACAUCGAUACAGUAGCACGUCGUCUGAUCUUGAAGAGCUAGAUACUAAAUGCUAGAUUAAGAUAGUAUAUAUAAAAAACAAUUAGCUUAUUAAGUACUAAUAUUACUAGAAUAAGUGGCUGGGUGUAUGUUAAAGUCAUCAAUAUAAUGCAGCAGACCAAUUGGUAUUACAAAUGUUAUUAAAAAGAAUGUGAUAAAUACGGCAGUAUGAA